UAUUUGAUUCUAAUUAUAGCAUGUAUAGGGUCAUUCAGCAGACAGUGCCUAAGACCUAGUCCUUCCGGCUGGUACGGAUUUGGAUGCCGGAAAAAAUGUUUUUGUCCUCAUUGUAACAGCAUUACUGGACUCUGUAGUCAUGGUAAUGUAUACAUUUUAGUCAAGAUAUCUUGCAUAGGAUUUUUUGAGGUUAACUUUACUGGUGGCGUUUGUGCAGAAGGGUUCUAUGGCUUUGGUUGCAGAGAAAUUUGCAACUGCAGUAAAGACGAAAUAUGUGACCGUCGGUUUGGGUGUGAAAAUAGAACUUUAAAAAUAAAUAGCCCUGCAGCAGGGACCCCGAGCAGUGUUGUGAUGGUUAUACUGUGUGGUGUUAUACUCUGUUUGGUUUUGCUUCUAUUGGCAAUUGGAGUAAGAUGCAAGAUAUUACUCGAUCGCCACCGUAUCCAUGAUAGUUAUCAGAGUGAAAAUACCAUUACAUAAAUUUCUAAAUCCCACAGCAAUGCGGCAGAGGAAAAUCAAACCUACAAUGAAUGCUAUCCUAUGAGUAUGAUCGGGGAUGUCCCGGAUAAUAAUUUUGCACACUCCAACAAUGCUGACCAAAUAUCCGGGCAGUAUAUUGCAGUGAAUACGACGGCUCCACCACGUGAAGACGUUUUUGCGUCCAUCCAACAAGCUUUUCAGGAGAACAAAAAAAGGAAUGAAAUGUUAAUUUUACUGUCUAACAGAAAAUCUAAAUCGCAUAACACGACCCCUGGAUGUAACUAUCUCUCUCUCUUCUCGAGACUCACCAGGAUUGUAUUAAUGGUGAAGAAUCUUGAAAAAUAAAUAAUUAAAAAGAACAUGGGUCGGAUUAAACUAUCUCUCUGUUUUCUGCAGCUGAUACUCUUGAUAAUGCAUGGAUUGAUAAAGGAAUUUGUCAGGAAAAUUGAAUUUGUAGAAAUAGGUGAUUCUAGUUCUGAAACAGAUAUAUCUAUAAAAACAAACAGGAUUGUUACUAGAGCAAAAAGCAAGAAUAAGUACAAUUUUCCAUCAUAGUAUGACUUACAUAGGAGUAAAGGUGGUUAAUAUAAACAA